AUCACAAGAUGCUGGUUGAACAGACAAGUGUAGAAAUGAUUGUUGUUGUAAAAGGAUUUGCAAGCUUUGGAAACACUUUGCGAAAAUGCUACGAGAUGGACCACCUCUUCGUAAAAACUGCAGUUCAUCAUUUGAAACAGUUGAGUAUGAAAGCCCAGAAAUACAUGUCCUGCAUCGUUAACGGAGCUACAGAGGCAUUCAAUUACGUUUCCGCUCCCGUCAUAAAACUAGCAGCCAAAGUUUGGGAAGUUGUUGAACCAGUUCUUCACCAAUGGAAAACUCUUCUUUGUGAUCUAAGCAUGAGCGGAAAAUCACCGGUGACUCAUCUAUCGGACAUGGUGGACAAAUACAGAGAUUUCCGUCGGGUGGUGAUACAACAGGCGAGACGAGCAGUCACUGACCUGCGGCUCAAGACCACCCAGUGGGAACUACGCUCGUCCGAGUGGCUGUCUCAAGCAGAGCUGGCUGUGAACGAUGUCAUGCAGUCUGCGCAACAGACAGUGUCUGCGCACGUGCAGAGAGUGGUGGACUACACGCAGACUCUGUUGGCUGGGUUCUCUGUACUCGGCAACACUGUGGAAGAAAUGGCAGACAUCGUGUUGGAAGGGAUCUAUCGCAUUAGAGAGGUCAGACAAACCCUGGAGUGGGGUGCAAGAGUUGUAGACAAAGUGAACAGCUGGUUCAUGGACUUCAGGCUGGAGAAAUACCACAGACAGCUGGAAAACUUCAUUGACAAGGUUGUACAGCUGAUCUUGUCAGAUUUUGAAAAGAACUUUGGAGAGUACGAAGUCUACCUGAUAAGGGCCCAACAGUUCCUCACUGGACAGUAUGAAGAACUCAGUAAAAUACCGGAAAUCCACUACAUCAGAAGAGUUAUCGAUCAUGUUUACCAAAAAGCAAAAUGGCUCUGGGGCUAUACAAAGAUGAGCGAACAGCUGCGAGACAUGGUGAGACAACAUCUUGAGAACAUGAGGGCGACUCUGAACGACAUCGAGAACAGACUCGACCAAGAAGAGAGGGACAUGAGGUUUGAGUAUGAGUACAACGAUGAGAACAACUCGCUCACGUUCAGCCAGGAGUUGCCGUUCACUUGGCGAGCGUUCAACGAGCUACCUGAGUACAACAUGGAGAGUGGCAACGGAGGAUACUCUUUGCCUACGUUGGAGUACAGCAAUAUGGUACAAAAUGUGGCCCAGUACGUCUGGCAGGACGCCAAGCUUCUGCCCUACCUCCUUCCUCCCCUGGGCUCGGAUGCUGUUAUCAGCAAUCGCAAGGUCGUCACCUUUGAUAACAGCUACUACGAGAUACCGUGGACAUGUGGCGAAUACCUGUUGUCUGCGGAUCUGUACCAUGACACAUUCUCACUGGUUUUGGACUUAGAUCAGGAUAAACGGGACUUGCUGUUGACCACACAAGGUGUAAAGAUCCUCGUGAAAAACAAUUUCGAAGUGUACAUCAACGGACAGCUGGAAGACUUGCCGUUGACGUUGAGCAACGGAAAGCGAAUCACCAUGGAAAGGAGACCUCACAGUGUUUACGUUCACAGCGAGGAUGGUUUCAGUCUUGAAUGCACAGCUUACCAAGAGCAGUGUAGGUUCCAUCUGAACGGUUGGUACACUGGGAAAGUGGCUGGACUGAUGGGAACGUACAACAAUGAACCGUUUGACGAUUUCGUGGAUCCAUCCAGGUCUCCUACCGAGUCUGUGGAACAUUUCGUCAACUCUUGGCAAGUAGACGAUGUGCCUUGUGAAUCAGGAUCUUCUGACGAGUCAGACGAAUCACCACCUUCUUACGAGUCUGAGUGUGAACUGUUUUUCUCUUCGCAGUCGUCUCCGUUCUACCCGUGUUUCCACGUUGUCGAGCCGAAAUCCUUUUACGACAUGUGUUUGGUGAAUGCUCGUAAGGGUAAUGUCUGUGGAACUGUGUUUGCCUAUUUGACAAAAUGCACUUCGUCAGGCGUUCAGUUGUGGAUGCCGGAGUUUUGUGUGACAGAAUCCUAUUCUUCUGAGGCAACUGGGAUAGACUCCGCUGUAGUCACUCCAUCGAAGAUGUCGGCAGACAUUGUGUUUGUUGUGGAAGAAGCAGACUGUGUCAAGAAAGAUAGGUUCAACUUUACAGACCUGCCUGCAAUUCUGGACACCGAGCUGAGAGCUAAGGGAAUGACUGAGAACCAGUUUGCGUUUGUUUCAUUCAACAAAAAAGGGGCUCAAAUACAAACUAUAAACGGUCAUGUUUGGACCACCGAGGUCGGGAAUCUGGAAGACAUUGUCAGCCGACUGGACACCUCGUCAGCUACUUCUGCCUACAUGUCCGCCCUAGACCUCACCACCAGCCUCACGUUCCGCCCCGGCGCUUCCAAGAUGGCCGUCCUGCUCCACUGUAGCAGCUGUCCCGUCGACCAGGCUCCUGGAAGUGUCCUGGAGCGUCUCACCCAGUUGGACAUGUCCGUGCACGUCCUUCAGCAGGACAUGAUCCUAGGCAAGCGGGGACGAGCGGUCAGCAAGGCCAUCGGAUUGGAGAAAAGCGGAGCGUACCCGAGGAAGAGACUCGGCAGGAACACUUUACCAAGCCCCUCACUACUGGACCAGGUGUCAGUGCCGAGAGACUUGUGCACUCCCCUGGUGCUGGGAACUAACGGCACCCUGUUUAACCUGGACGUAGCGCACAAGGGGUUGAAGGUGUGGGGAGGCAGACUAGCGGCUGGCGCAGUACCGCCAACCCCCACCACCCUGUGUGACACUUCCCUAGCCUCCGACAACACUCCUGUGGUCAGGUGCCACUACGCUCAGGGCCAUGGACAGCUCAAGGAAUGGGAUCAAACUACGUUGGAUGAAUAUCUGGACACGUCAAAGGCAGUUGAAAUUUACACUGAAUAUGAAGAAGUAGACAGAUAAGACAUUUUGAACCUUGUAUAUAAAAUUAUUUUAGUUACCUCUUAGAUGUAGCCAAGCCUUAUUUAUUCUUUAACAUUUUUCAUUUAAAUUCUCUUGAAAAGUACUCUUUCUAUGUGAUUUUAAGUCAUUUAGAAUUUGAUUAAAAUCAUAUUACUUUGUUACUAUCAGUUAGCUUUAACCGUGAAAACUAAGUGUCUUUUUCACUAUGUAGUCUUUAAGUAACUAUAAAGUAUACUGGUUUUAUUGUAUGUAAUAACACAGAAUUAUUAGCAUGUAACUUAAUUGUCUUUGUAAAAUAAAUUUUAGUUUUAA